CAGAAUCGGAAUGGCGGAGCAGUGCGAAUGGGCUCCAAAGACCAACGGCACAGUCGUGUAGACAUUUUCCACCAGGGCUAUGUGGGGCCACUGGAGGCCCUUCCCCGGGCAACCACGUUCCUAGGGGAGGACACGAGCCUGGUGGCUCUGCGGAGGCAGGCGGUGAAGAUGGCAACCAAGUCCCAGGCAGGUGGUGAGAUGUCUCUUGAGCAACUGCUGGCACUUUAUGGGUACAAAAUGCCUGAUCCUGUCCUGCAACAACAGGAGCCGAAUGAGCUGGCAGCCAGUCUGCCUGAAAUCACACUGGACAAGGUUCAGAUAGGGAAAGACCUGCUCUCUGGAGGGGAGGAUGUGGACAACCAUUCUUCUGCUGAUGACCUCACACUCACCAUCAAGGCCCAUGCAUCUGACCUCUUACAAUGUCAACUAAUAGGUGAUGACAAAGACACUUCAGUUAGCUGUUCCGAAGAUGACUCAGAAAGCACCUCCAUCCCCUCCAGUGAUGGCCGCAAAGAUAUCAUGGUGGGGCCCCAGUAUCAGGCUGUAAUUCCUUCUCUGUGUACACAAAGUUUUUAUGAAAGAGGUUAUGAAAAUGAGGACCAGUUAGUGUGGACCCCAGACGUGAUGUCCAGUCUGGCCGUAGAGAAGUUUUUGCUUGAUGCCCAGAGAAAUGGGAGCGACAAUGGACCUACAAACACUUUGACCACUGGAGAUAAAGUCAAAGACAAUGAGCAGGCUCUUUAUGAACUAGUGAAAUGCAACUUCAAUGCAGAAGAGGCGCUAAGACGAUAUCGCUUUAAUGUUAAGGUAUUCAAUGAAGAGCUUUGUGGCUGGAGUGAGGAGGAGCGUCGUUACUUUGAGCAUGGUUUCCGUGCCCAUGGGAAGAACUUCAACCUCAUACAGGCCAAUAAGGUCCGCACACGCUCGGUGGGUGAGUGUGUUGAGUACUACUACAUGUGGAAGAAAUCAGAGCGGCAUGAGUAUUUCACACAGCAGGCCACCAAGCUGGGUCGAAAAAAGUGCAAUUUGCCAUCUGGGAAUAUAGAAGAUACUGAGCCAGACGGAUAUACUGGUGAUAUGGAAGUUGCCACACAGAGUUUGCCAACUAGGUCUUCCAUUCAACUCCAAACUCCAUCGCCACCUGCAGUCAUGGAGCUGAAUAAACAAGAGGAGAGCCUGAAUUGCGCAGCUCAGUUUCAGGGUCGUCCACGCCGGAAACGCACACCACGCUUCCUGUUAAAGCCCUGAGCUUGCUGCUCACUGACAGCCUAUAACUGACAGACACACAGCUUGUGAGCGAAACAUUGGGGAGAUUGACCUGUGUGCAGGUUGUUGCUCUGGCCCACAGGGGGAGCAGUUGUUCAGCCAGUUUACUCUUCCUCCAGUGCUCCAGAUGCCAGACGUGGCCUCCCUAUCCACCCAGCUUUACUUCUCUCAAAUCUCCCGAAACCACUCCGUCCCUUCAUCCCAGCCAGACUCAGGGCUCCUGGGAGCAGGGUUUCAGAAGCUUCAACUGGGGUCUUUUGCUGAAGAUCCUGCACCUUCCUGCUCAGAGUGUGUUGCUUCACCGAAGCUUCAGUUCGACUUCUCUUUACCUUUCUCACCAUCCGUCCCAGACUUUGGUGGGAUCGGUAGCCUCUUGUGUCCAUCCUCCUCCAUCUGCUCGACACAACAAUGAAGGAAAAACAUUCCAGAUCUAAGAAAAAGUGACGACCGUCGUUCACAUGGAAAAGAAAUAUGUUCACUCUUCAGGAGAUUUCAGCAACUUUGGUCAUCAUUUAAUCACUCUCAUAUUACUCCAAACUCGUUUGACUUCAUUCUGAGGUACACAAAAUAUAUUUUUAAAAAGCUGCUUUUGUGUGUAUAAUAAAAGUCAAUGGGCUCCAAAAUGCUAAAGGUUCAUUUACAUAAGGAUAGCAUAUAUUUGGCAGCAUAGGGAUUACUUUUAUGCUACCUUUAUGUAAUUUUUAUGCCAUGAAAAUUUUAGAACACAUUGUGGACCCCAUUGAAUUUAAUUAUAAAAGAAACUUUUGGACCCCAUUGACUUUUAUUAUAAAUAUAAGUGUUUGCACUCUAUUAACAUUCAGAAAUUCAUACUGGUUUGGAAUGAAAUGGUAAAUACUUUAAGUUUUCGUGUUGGCUAUCUUUUCAAUCAAAGAAUGUCAUCAGCAUUUCCUCAUGACGUCUAAUCCAUGUUGUCUUCAACAACGAAACUAAAGGAAUGGGACAACUGUUGUUUCAUCUGCACUUGUUGCUCUUCAGGAUGCUUCAGUAAAACCUGAAUUUAAUGAGAUGUUUUGACCAAACACAAACCAUAUUUUUUCCGUACAAUAAAAGUCAUCGGAGUCCAAAAUGCUAGCAUACCUUUUCCAACAUAUGAACUACUUUUAUGCUACCUUUCUGGCAUUUAAAAGUUUUGAAUCCUAUUGCCUUUUUUUAAAAGAAACUUUUGGAUAUCAUUGACUUCCAUUUUUCAAAUAAACUUUUGGACCCUGUUGAUUUUUAGUAUAAAAAGACACUUUUGGACCCCGUCAGUUUUCAGGUUUGGAAUGAAAUAAUUCUGCUUUUUUUGAUUUACGUUUCUUUGUUCCUUAAAUCUUUUAAAUGUUUCAAAUGUUUUUCCGCAUUCAAAACUGAUUGUUUUCAACUAAACUAAGAAACGUGACAACUGCUGCUCACCUGGAAAUUGCAAAAAAAGCCUGAGAUAGUUUGACCAAAAAAACAUUAAAUCACCCCUGUGUUGUUUCAAACCUGUUAAGCAUUUGUAGAUUUUGUCCAUUCAAUGGAAGUAAAUAGGGUCCAAAACUUUAAAGCUCUGACUAUUAGAAAAAGAUAGCAUAAAAGUAAUCCAUGCAUUACCAAAAGUGUACUACCAUACUAAAUAUUAGAGCUUUGGACCCCACUGAAGUGCAAUGUAAAAGAAGAACUUUUGGGCCCAUUGACUUUAAUAGUAAUGGCAUAUAUUUAGCAGCAUAUGGAUUACUUUUAUGCUACCUUUAUGCUUCUGAAACCUUUUUUAGAGAAACUUUUGGACAUCAUUAACUUUCAUUUUUUAAAAAUAAACUUUUGGACCCUGUUGAUUUCCAGGUUUGGAAUGAAAUAAGAAUAAAUUACACUUUUUUGAUUUACGUUUCUUCGUCCCUUAAAUCUUUUGAAUGUUUCAAAUGUUUUUCCGCAUUCAAAACUGGUUGUUUUCAACUAAACUAAGAAAACGUUUCAACUGCUGCUCACCUGGAAAUAGCAGAAAAGCCUGAGAAAUAGUUUAGCCAAAUAAGAUAGCUUGACCAUUAAAUCACCCUUGUGUUGUUUCAAACCUGUUGAGUAUAAGCAGAUUCUUGUCCAUUCAAUGGAAGUAAAUAGGGUCCAAAACGUUUAAGCUCUAACAAUUAAAAAAAGAUAGCAUAAAAAUAAUCAACGCUCUACCAAAAGUGUACUACCACACUAAAUAUUAGAGCUUUGGACCACACUGAAGUGCAAUGUAAAAGAAAAACCUUUGGGCCCAUUGACUUUAAUAGUAAUGGCAUAUAUUUAGCAGCAUAUGGAUUACUUUUAUGCUACCUUUAUGUUUCUGAAACCUU